ACAUUAGUUUAACGAAACGUAAAAUUAUUACGUUUUGCUUGGCAUUUGUCCUAAAAUACGAAACUUCGCCUUUUUAAUGUGACGACUGACGACGUUAAAUCAAAGUACGGUAAAUAAAUAUCAAAUGGUUAACGACUAUCUGCCCGCUAAGAAAUAGUUCUGUAAUUUUUCAUUAUGUCUUCAUUGAUGCUAGAGCCUUAUAAUAUGCCAACAGAAACGGGCUUCGACCAAGUAUUAAUACAGAGUGUUAUAUUCGAUCUGGCUGAUGAAUUUCAAAUAAGAAUACCAUGGGAUAAAGAGAAAGUCAUACUGACUGGAACUUUUAUUGUUGCUGGUGGACUUCUUGGUGGUUAUGCAGGAGGAAGAAUGGGUGCAGCUAUCGGUGCUGGCAUAAGUGCAGCAGCUGGAGUCGCCUUUAUUAACCUGAGAGAUAUUUGGGAAAGUAUUAAAUCGAAAUUGAAUGAACUUAUUUAUAUUGUAUUUAAUUACCUAAGAAGACUAGAUCCAGUCGAUUAUGUUCAGGCCAUAAAAGUUCUAAUGGCAUGUACUUCUAGCCGUAGGGAACUUGUAUUCACAAUUCUUGACUUUAUUGCAGAUAAAUUAGGACGUCAAGUAUUAUCUAGUAUCACUGCUGCUUAAUAAUGCAAAUGAUAUGUAACUCAAUUGUCUUUAUAGUCAUCGGAUCUUAUUAGUACCAAAAAGUUUGUGUGCACUGUGCAUGUGCAAUGAUGUAAUUUUUUUGCAGUAGUGGAAAUGUUUUUUUAUGUUAUGCUUAUU